CUGGCUUUAAAGAGUUUGGCGAAUGACAAAAGGUUGAGUUGUGUUGUUGGUACGAGGUCGCCCUCUCUUGGGUGGAAUGUGAAAGACUACGGAGCCUAGACCGCCGAAUGUCAUCUUCGGCACAACGGCGUUUGUCCGCGCCCGUCACUUUGUCAAUCUGCGAAACACGUCCGUGAAGGAUAAUGCUCGACUUGAGCUCAGACGAACGGCCAACAGACGAGCGGACAAGACAAGAAGAGUGAGCAAACGAAACAACUUCUGCCGAAUCUGACCGAGGAGGCACUGGGCUACCCGAUGUAUAUAAGUGUUGGCACUGUGCGCAGUUUCCGUCACUUUAACGUGGGCGGUCGCACAGCGUUGGCUAUGGCGAAUUAGACCAACGGGAAAGCCAGAGAAGCCACCAAUUCACACCAGGACAUUGCCAAAAUAAACUCAGAGGGGUUAAGAAGAAGAAGAACCACGCGUAAUGGACCAAUGGACGCCUACGGUCAAAGAAAAAUACGGCGUCGCAAUUUUCAAUUUCACCUCUAAAGGACAGCAUCAGCUUCCAUUGUUUGUUGGAGAUGUUGUGCACAUCUAUGAAUGCUUUGAAGGCUGGUAUAGAGGAUACUGCUUGAAAAGUCGUUUUUGCAAGGGGAUAUUCCCAGCGUCAUACAUAUCGCUGAAGGAGGCUGUGGUGAAAAAUCCAGGGCCACUGGAAAUUGUAACACCGAAAGAAAAUCCGCUGGUGCAGGAGAUCACAAGUACUCUGCGAGAAUGGGCCGGCAUCUGUCGUCUGCUCUACCUGAACAACGAUCAGGAGAUGCUGAAGACCAUGCGAGCUAUGAUGCGCGACCUAUUGGAAUGGCGCCUGCAGAUUCUGUCAGGGACACUACCCAAAGACGAACUUGCGGACCUCAAGCAGAAAGCCACUGCCUGCAUGGACUACGGCAAUAAGACACUGGGGCUGGAUCUUGUUGUUCGUGACGUGAACGGAAAUAUGCUGGACCCUGAUCAGAACAGCACAAUCAGCCUGUUCCGUGCGCACAAAGCAGCGGCUGCCCUGGUGGAGGAGCAGAUACAGGAGAAGUCUAAGAAGAACAACAGCGAGAUGACAAAGUGGACGCAUUUCUCCGCCACUCACUCGUACAGCCUGUUUGUCGUGCUGAAGAACUUCGUCUACCGGAUUAGGGAAGAGGCCGAGGUGUUAAUGGCUCUGUACGAUCCCAAAGAAAAUCGAUUUCUGAGUGAGAAUUACAUGGUCCGGUGGGGGAAACAAGGCCUGCCAAAAGAAGUGGAGUUGCUGCACAACACGCGGGUUGUGUUCACGGACCUUGGAGGCAAGGACCUGGCAAUCGAGAAGAUGUACCUGGUUUGUCAGAUCGUGAGGAACGGCUGCAUGGAUCUGAAGGACAACAACAAAAAGUGUACCAUCGGACUGCGACGGCCUUUUGGAGUCGCUGUGAUGGACAUUACAGACAUAGUAAAGGGAAACAUUGAGACCGAUGAAGAUAAGCAGCACUUCUUUCCAUUCCACCAGGUGACUGCAGAAAAUGACUUUCUUCAAAACAUCAUAAACAAGGCCAUUUCUGGCAAAGAAGUGAACGCCAAAGGCCUCGGACUCUGGGUGUCCAUGAAGAUGCUGAAUGGGGACAUCAAACAGGUGAAGAAAGAUUUUCCUCACCUGAUCGAUCGUUCCACGGCCAUCGCUCGCAAGAUGGGAUUUCCUGAGAUCAUCAUGCCCGGCGAUGUGAGGAAUGACGUGUACAUCACGCUCGUUCAGGGAGAGUUUGACAAGGGCUCCAGCAAAACCACACAGAAGAAUGUGGAGGUUACGAUGGUCGUGUGCGAUGACACUGGAAAAAUCCUGGAAAACGUUAUUUGGAUUGGUGCUGGUGAUCAGCCCAUUACAGAAUACAAGUCAAUUGUAUAUUACCAAGUGAAGCAACCCAAGUGGUUUGAGACUGUCAAGGUCGCUGUUCCUAUCGAAGACGUUUACAGAAGCCACUUGAGAUUCACAUUCCGUCACCGCUCGUCCCAAGACUCAAAAGACAGAAGUGAAAAAAACUUCGCCAUGUGUUUUGUCAAACUGAUGCGGCCUGAUGGGACUACACUUCAAGAUGGAAAUCACGAUCUCUUCAUCUACAAGGGUGACAGCCGGAAAAUGGAGGAGGUGAGCGCAUACCAGGAGCUGCAUUCCACGCGCAUGCAGGUGGAGGACAACGUUGCCAGCAAGGCCUGCUCUGGCUCCGGCCUGUCGCUCAGCAGCAAGGACCGCUUUCUCAUCUCCACGCUCGUUUGCUCCACCAAGCUCACCCAGAACUUUGAUCUCUUGGGCCUAUUGAAAUGGCGCUCGAACCCUGCCGAGCUGGAGAAGAAUCUGAAGAAGCUCAUGAAUGUGGAUGGAGAAGAAGUUGUAAAGUUUUUGCAAGACACUCUUGAUGCCCUGUUCAACAUCACCAUGGAGAAUUCUGAAAGUGACAAGUACGAUGAGCUUGUGUUCGAUGCACUGAUUUUCAUUAUUGGGCUCAUCGCAGACAGGAAGUUCCAGCACUUUAACCCAGUGCUGGAGGCGUACAUCAGACAACACUUCAGUGCUACCCUGGCGUACGAGAAGCUCACAAAAGUCUUGAAGAGAAAGAUCACUGACGGUACCACCAUGGAAAACGGAGACCACCUUUUGAAAAUCAUGAAGGCCUUGGAGUAUAUUUUCAAGUUCAUUGUUGCGUCCAGGAUUCUCUUUGGGCAGCUUUAUGAAGGCAAAGGAAAGGAGGCGUUUGAGAAGUCAAUUAUGCAGGUUUUCAUUUCCCUCAAUGACAUGUUGAGAAAUGCUUCGACGGACAAAUUGCUACUUGCUCAGGGUGGAGCUUUGAAAUACCUCCCAAGGAUCAUUCCAGACCUUCUGCAGGUGUUCAAAGAAGUGGAGCUUAGCAAGCUGCUUGUGAGGUUUAUGUCCAGCGUGUCUCCCGAGCGACUCAUCCGCCAGAAGCAGCUCUGCAUGUCUGACAUCGUGCACAGUGCUCUCUUCAAGGACCAUGAGUGCCGCCAAGUUCUCCUGCCUGUCAUGACGGACCACAUCAAGCUAUGGCUGAGCCACAUGGAUGAGGCAGAGCACACGGUGGCUCUUCUGAGCGACAUCGUGGAGGUUCUGCACAGUGACAGUGUGGGUCCCGUGCUGCAGCAAAUUCAAUACAUAAUGGAACAGCUGCUACGCACCGUGAUCCGUGCAGUGAUCGCCAUGGAUCGAGAGGCGGACCCCAUCAGCCACUUCGUAGCCUGCAUGACUGCCCUGCUGAGGCAAAUGGAAGACGGUCACUACCAGCACUACAUCAACACAUUCCAAUCACGUCAGGACCUCGUGGAUUUUCUCAUGGAGACUUUCAUCAUGUUUAAAGACCUGAUUGGAAAGAAUGUGUACCUUUCCGACUGGGUUAUCAUGCACAUGAUGCAGAACAGGGUGUUCUUGCGUGCCAUUAACCAGUUUGCGGACAUACUGAACAAAAUGUUCUUGGACAGUGCCAACUUUGAGCUGCAGCUCUGGAACAACUACUUUCACCUCGCAGUGGCCUUUCUCACCCAGGAGUCUCUGCAACUUGAAAAUUUCUCCCAUGGAAAGCGCCACAAGAUUGUCAGCAAGUAUGGAGAUAUGAGACGGCAAAUUGGAUUUGAAAUUCGUGACAAGUGGUACAACUUAGGCCAGCACAAGAUUCGCUUCAUCCCUGGGAUGAUUGGCCCCAUUUUGGAGAUGACAUUGGUUCCUGAAAUGGAGCUACGCAAGGCCACCAUCCCCAUCUUCUUUGACAUGAUGCAGUGUGAAUACCACUACACCCGUGAAUUCAAGAAGUUUGAAAACGAGCUGAUCACAAAGCUCGACCACGAGGUUGAGGGAGGGCGCGGAGAUGAGCAGUACAAAGUCCUCUUCGAACGGAUCCUGUCAGACUGCUGUCGUCGCCACAAGUUCCUGUCGCGGACGGGAGAGGCGUUUGUGUUGUUGGUGUCGCGCCUCUUGGAGAGGCUCCUCGACUACCGCAGCAUCACCAGCGAGGAGAACAAGGAGAACAGGGAGAACAGGGAGAAUCGAAUGAGCUGCACCGUCAACCUCUUGAAUUUCUACAAGGAGAUCGAGCGAGAGGAGAUGUACAUCAGAUAUUUGUACAAGCUGUGCGACUUGCAUUUGGAGAGUGAAAACUUCACCGAGGCUGCGUAUUCGCUGCUGCUCCACGCCAAGCUGCUCAAGUGGUCGGACGACUUGUGCGUCGGCCACGAGAUGCAGAGGAACUCCCACCACGCCGACACUCAUCGGCAGCUCAAGGAGUCUCUCUAUCAGGACAUCAUUAAAUACUUUGACGACGGAAAGAUGUGGGAGGAGGCUAUUGUGCUGUGCAAAGAGCUGGCUGAACAGUACGAGAUGGAGAUUUUUGACUACGAGCAGCUCAGCCAGCUGCUGCAAAAACAGGCACUGUUCUAUCAGAAGAUCAUUAACAUCAAGAACCCAAGACCCAAACGAGACUACUUUUCAGUGGGUUAUUACGGCUACCGAUUUCCAACGUUUCUGAGAAACAAAGUGUUCGUGCACCGUGGGGGAGAAUACGAGCGGAGGGAGGAUUUCGAAAUGCGCAUCAUGACGAUGUUCCCGAACGCCGAGAAGAUGAAGACGACAAGUCCUCCAGGCGACGACAUCCGCAAUGCCUCCGGGCAGUACGUGCAAUGCUUCACUGUCCAGCCAAUCCUAGAGGAACAGCCGCAAUUCAAGGGCAAGAAUGUUCCAGAAUCCCUGAUGAGCUUCUACAAGAACAAUCACGUCCACAAGUUCUCCUACUCACGGCCGUUCCGAAAGGGAGAAAAGGACCCAGAUAAUGAAUUUGCCACGAUGUGGAUUGAAAGAACAAUUUUUGUGACCGCAUACAAGCUUCCUGGAAUACUGCGCUGGUUUGAAGUGAUAACAACAAGCACGGUGGAGAUCAGCCCGCUGGAGAAUGCCAUUGAGGCCAUGGGCAUUGCAAAUGAUGAGAUCCUCACCAUGGUGCUGCAACAUCACAACAACCCCAACCUUCCCAUCAACCCGCUGUCCAUGCGGCUCAGCGGGAUCGUGGAUCCAGCCGUCAUGGGUGGCCUGGCCAACUACGAGAAGGCUUUCUUCAACGACAAGUAUGAGAAGGAGCAUCCAGAAGAUUACGAGAAGCUGGAAAAGCUCAAAGAUUUAAUUGCUUGGCAGACACCGAUGCUGGCAGCUGCGGUGAAGAUCCAUGGCGAGAAGAUCCCAGAAGACCUAAGGCCAUUACACGAGCGCGUCGAGAAGUGUUUCCAUCAGUUAAAGGCCAAGGUGGAAAAACAGUACGGAGUGCGCAUUCUGCCCCUGCUGGAGGAGAAGAAGGGAUCUCGGAGCCGCAGCUCUGUGGCCUUGUCCAUGGGAAUGGGGUCAAGCCCUUACCGCCCACUGUCUGUCAUCUCCGUGUCAUCGGCCUCGUCAGACACUCCCACGUCGUCACCCAAGCCUCGCGCAGAAACGACCGACCACACUCCCCAGAAGAAGUUUUCCUGGGCGUCGGCCGUCAAAGCACUGGAAAGAGCUCAGGAGGGCAAUCAGUCCCGAGACGAGGAUGAGAGGAGAGAGAAGAGGAGGGAAAAACGCAACAGCAAAAACCUGGAGGGCCAGGAGAAGGAGCGGGAUGCACCGCUGGCAGAGCCAACGCCCCACUUCCUCACCGCCACCAUUUGCCACCAGACCGUCCACAGCCAGGAGUAUGGUGCCACGUGUGAACAGGCGUCGCCUCAGAAACCAGCGCGGCCGAGACUUCCGCCGAACACGCAGCGUCGCCAGUCCACGUCCGCGGUGCCGACAGUGCCCUCGUACCGCCCGGCGUCGUUGGCCCUCGCCUCCCAGACGCUGGCCACCAUCGGCAGCGCUCCGGACCUCACGAACCUGAUCCCUUCCAACGGAGCUGUAAAUCAGCUGAUGCCACCUCCACUGCCACAGAAGGGGUCUUUCAUCAGCGACCCCAACCUUCUGGAUGACACUAGUGGACGUACUCCUGCGUACAGCGGCUCUCAGAGUGGGGCAGCCGCAAAAGAUGAUAAAUUUGUCACGGAUUUCAGUCAAAGCACCGUGAGGAAAUCACCACCUCCGCCGCCUCCAAAAGCAUCUUUGAAACAUAAACCGCAGCAGUAGAUACAAAGCCAAACUCUCUCCAUGGGGAAUGGAGCCAGAGCCGUUGUUAUUUACCAACCGGAUGGCCGCGUGGCCCUAAUGGCCUUUUAGUGCAAACCUAAGAUCAAUUAUCAACUCACGCCUGCAAGGUGUUUCAUUGCAAUUCGAAAGAAAGAAAACUAUAUCAAGAUUACUUUUUACUUAGCUUUGCACCAGCGAGCCUAGCCUCAUUUUUCGUUUAAUUUUGCUCUAAUAGGUUAAGGACCAUUUGUUUUGCUUUCACUGCAUUUGAAGGUGCUUAUUUCUACACAAAUUAAAACAUAUAAAUGUGCGCUGCCUUAGCGCAAGCAAGCCUUUUUUGCGAUCAUUUGGCAAUGUUACAUAUUUAUGAGCUAGCUUUAAUAGUGUCUUUAAAAUAAACGCCUUUUACGUGUAAGGUCGAACGUAUUUUACAGAAGGCAUGAUGAAAUUAAUACCAAACUAUGGAAGUAUUGCCUGCUGUAACGGUAGUAAGCUCAUAUUCUUGGUUAUUUCGGUAAAGUCACGUAGAAGGGAAACAAAAGAAUAAAAAAUAUAUAAAACAAUAAAAUUCUCACGACAUUUCGACUGCAACACAAGUAAUCAUCAUCAGGUAGUAAGCUCGUGCUGGAUCUAUGAGAGACAUUAAUCUGGCCAUGCUCAAUGUUUUUAUAUGAACUUGUAAAUUUGUGGUUUAUGUUGGGAUUCGUUUGUGCAUUAUGGUAUCAGACCAUAAAUUAGCAUUUUACGAGUUUCAAACAGCACAGCAUUUACGCUCAUGGUUUUUUUUCGUAGUGCUAAAUUUAUUAUCGUGACAAAACUUUAGUCAUUGAUGGAUAGAAACUCACUGGCAUAAAAACUAACUGGAAUGUCAGAGGCUUGUACAUAUGCAUUUUUUAACAAAAUGAGCAUAUUUUUACAUUCAGAGCUCAUAUAAAAUGUACUUUUUCCACUUACUGUGUGUGCUUUUACACUUACUAUAUACAGAAGGAAAAAACUGGAAUUGCAUUGCCAAAAUUAAUGAUUUAUUAUUAAGUGAUAUUUUAAAUGUUUGUAACAAAUAUAUGAUCAUGUUACGCAGCCAGCUUAAAGAUGAAAAUAAAAUUGCCCUUGAAAUAAAAUGUGA